AUGUAUGCAUUGACUAUUAGUGUUGAGGGUGACUGUUACCUGAGUGUACCGCCCGACCCAGGUAUUGGGACCAGUGAGGCUGCAGCUCUAGGUGCUAGCGCGUCUGCUGCUCCAGGUCCUGGUGAGGCUGCUGCCCUAGGUGCUAAUGCGUCUGCGUCUGCUGGUACCGCACCUACUGAGGCACUGCACACCUUCACACUGGACUCAGGUGCUUCCCGCUGUUUCUUUCGCGACCGCACUGCCCUAGAGCAGCUCCCUAGACCGGUUGCUGUCUCCCUGGCUGACCCCUCUGGGGGUCCGGUCCUUGCGACCUCCACCACUGCCCUCCCUUGUCCUGCUGUCCCGUCUGGCACGCUGUCGGGCCUCUACCUCCCCUCGUUCUCUACGAACUUGGUGGCGGGUUCCGCGCUCCAGGACGCGGGUGUUCACCAGUUCACCCCGGCCUACGAGCGUAUGACGCACUGCACGUGUGCCCGGACGGGUCGUCACCUGGCUACCUUCACUCGGCAGCCGGGGUCGGACUUGUACACACUGACCACUGGGUCCCCUCAGGUAGCUUCGUCUGCGUCUGCGUCUGGUCAGCUGUCGGCCCCCUGCUCAUGUCGCUCCCUGUCGCACAGGACUGUCCUCUGGCACCACCGCCUUGGUCACCAGUCAGUGCAGCGCCUUCGCGGCAUGCACUCCAGGUACCUUGUCUCUGGUCUUCCCAGAGUUCUCCCUCCCCUGCCACCCUCGCCUGCUCCUCCCUGUCUUCCCUGUGUCGAGGGGCGGCAGCGCGCCGCUCCUUACUCCUCCUCGUUCCCUCCCACAGAGGCUCCCCUGCAGACUCUCCACCUGGACGUGUGGGGCCCCACCCGCGUCCGGGGACAGGGCCACGAGCGGUACUUUCUGCUGGUUGUCGACGACUACACGCGCUACACCACGGUCUUCCCCUUGCGUACCAAGGGUGAGGUCCCUGAUGUCUUGAUCCCCUGGAUCCGCGCUGCUCGUCUCCAGCUCCGCCAGCGGUUCCAGUCGGACUUUCCUGUCCUACGUCUGCACUCUGACAGAGGUGGCGAGUUUUCCUCUGACCUCUUGGCAGCCUACUGUGCGGAGCACGGCAUCCGCCAGACGUUCACUCUCCCGGCCUCUCCGCAGCAGAAUGGGGUUGCUGAGCGCCGCAUUGGUCUUGUCAUGGAGGUCGCUCGUACCUCCAUGAUCCAUGCGGCUGCCCCCCAUUUCCUGUGGCCGUUUGCAGUGCAGUACGCCGCGCAUCAGCUCAACCUCUGGCCCCGUGUCUCUGUUCCGGAGACCUCGCCUACCCUGCGUUGGACGGGGGAGGUUGGCGAUGCGUCGGUGUUCCGGGUCUGGGGAUGUCGAGCCUUUGUCCGCGAUACGUCCGCGGACAAGCUCUACUCCCGUGCCGUUCCCUGUGUCUUCCUUGGCUUUGUCCCUGACGCGCCUAGCUGGCGGUUUUACCACCCCACCUCGCGCCGUGUCUUCACCUCUCAGGACGUCACCUUUGACGAGUCGGUACCCUUUUACCACCCCCUCCCUCCCCAGGGUGCUGCUCCCUCAGGUGUUUCCCAGGUAGACCUGGUCGAGCCUGUCGAGGUAGCUGUUGACUCUGGUCCUGCGCGAGGUACUGAGCGUGCUGAGCCUGGUGGUGCUGGGUCUGGGGGCACUGAGACUGGGGACGCUGAGUCUGGGGGUGCGGAGACUUUGGGUGCUGAGCCUGGAGGUGCUGCGACUGGGGGUGCGGAGCCUGGGGGUGCUGAGACUGGGGGUGCUGAGACUGGGGGUGCUGAGCCUGGUGGCGCUCCCUCUUCACAGCAGCUGCGUGAGUGGUACUCCCAGCGCUACAGCCUCCGUCGUGGGGCUACUGGAGCUGGGGGGUCUGCUGGAGUCGGGGCUGGUGGCCCCGUAGGUGCAGUGCCGCAGCCAGAGCCUCCCUCCCCUCAGUGGCUACGUGAGUGGUACGCUCGGCGCUGCAGCCUCAGGAGUGGAGCUCCUGGUGUUGAGGUACCGCCAGCUGGAGGCCCUGCUGCUGGAGGUACUGCUGGUGCUGGUGCUGCUGGAGGUGCUGCUGGUGCUGCUAGAGGUCCUGGAGCGGCUGGAGGUGCUGCUGGUGCUGCUGGAGGUUCUGGAGCAGCUGGAAGUGCUGCCGGUGCUGCUGGAGGCUCUAGAGCUGCCGGAGGUGCUGCUGGUGCCGGUUCGGCUGGAGGUUCUGGUGCUGUCUCUGCUGCUUCUGGGGGCACUUCACGGCCGCGGCCGUACUUCGAUCCGCUCCUUCAGCAGGUUCUUGGUCAGCCGCCUCCUCCUAGUCCUCCUCCCUCCUUAGAGUGUCCUCCGCCUGUCCAGUCGCAGUCCCAGCUCCCGCCUGCCUCGCCACUUCCUGGUCCUUCACCCUACACUGGUCCGACAGGCGGUCUUACAGAGCGUCGUAAGCCUGAAUCUCGUCCUGUGUCGCCUGUGUCUCGUCCUGUGUCACCUGUUCGUGUUGCUCGCACUGGUCGCCGUGGUCAGCGUGAGCGUCCUCCACCUGUGCCUGGCACACACUUUAUGACUCUGCGUCCUUCCACUGCUCCACAGCGUGUCCCUCUGCCGUCUCCUCCUGAGUCCUCUCUUCCAGUCCUUGCUGACCCGGAGUCUGACUCUCUUCGUGCUGCCAGUCCUACUCUCACGCGUCUCCUGGCCACUACUGUCACUGACCCUUCCUUUGAGUCUGCUGCUGCGUCUGCCCUAGUUGCAGAGCUUGUCGACUUUGCUGCUCGCUGUCGUCUAGACUACGCUGCGAGUCUUGUUGCUGAGUCUGAGUCUGUCUGUCCUCCGUCCGUCGGGGGUGAGUGUGCUCUAGGCACGGACGUCCUUGAGGACAGGCAGGAGGACCUUGAGUGUCUUGCAGCCGCUGCGCCUCAUCUCGUUUCCAUGCUGAUUGCCCCUGAGGGAGACCCGGAUGCUCCAGACAUCCCGACCCCGCGCUCUUACGCUGAGGCGAUCGCGGAUGAGUACUCCUCUCAGUGGCAGUCAGCCAUGGACGUAGAGAUGGCAUCCUGGAAGUCCACUGGUACUUACGUCGACGAGUUUCUCCCUCCUGGGGCGAACAUCCGAGAGGGAGUAGACUUCUUUCAGACCUUCUCCCCCACCCCGAAGAUGACCACUCUUCGGGUGCUACUGCACGUUGCUGCUCAGCGGGACUACGAGCUUCACUCUCUUGACUCCAGCACAGCUUUCUUGCAGGGCAGCCUGCACGAGGAGAUCUGGCUGCGCCGCCCACCUGGCUUCACUGGGUCGUUUCCUCCUGGUACCCAGUGGAGCCUCCGGCGGCCGGUCUACGGUCUUCGCCAGGCGCCACGUGAGUGGCACGACACACUGAGGACUACUCUUGCGGCACUUGGGUUUGCGCCCUCUACUGCUGACCCGUCGCUGUUUCUGGGCACUGACACUUCGCUGCCGCCGUUCUACAUCCUCGUGUACGUCGACGACUUGGUCUUUGCCACUGCUGACACUGAGGCUCUCGCCCACGUGAAGUCGGAGAUGCAGAAGAGACACACGUGCACAGACUUGGGUGAACUGCACAGCUAA